CUGCUUUUCCUCCUAAUGUCACUUGAGCGUCAUUCAACAGGAGUAAAAGUCCCUCGCAAUUUCCGACUGUUGGAAGAACUCGAAGAAGGCCAGAAAGGAGUAGGAGAUGGCACAGUUAGCUGGGGUCUAGAAGAUGACGAAGACAUGACACUUACGAGAUGGACAGGGAUGAUAAUUGGGCCUCCAAGAACAAUUUAUGAAAACCGAAUAUACAGCCUUAAAAUAGAAUGUGGACCUAAAUACCCAGAAGCACCCCCCUUUGUAAGAUUUGUAACAAAAAUUAAUAUGAAUGGAGUUAAUAGUUCUAAUGGAGUGGUGGACCCAAGAGCCAUAUCAGUGCUAGCAAAGUGGCAGAACUCAUAUAGCAUCAAAGUUGUUCUGCAAGAGCUGCGGCGCUUAAUGAUGUCUAAAGAAAAUAUGAAACUCCCCCAGCCUCCGGAAGGACAGUGUUACAGCAAUUAAUCAAAGCAACGCCACCAGCCCUCCCCCAUUCGAUUUAAGCAGUCUUCAUUCUCCACCGUAGUAAAUUUUCUAGAUGCGUCUUGUAGACCUCAAAGUACUGGAAAGGAAGCUCCCAUUCGAAGGCAAUUUAUCUUAAGAUACUGUAAAUGAUACUAAUUUUUUGUCCAUUUGAAAUAUAUAAGUUGUGCUAUAACAAAUCAUCCUGUCAAGUGUAACCACUGUCCGUGUAGUUGAACUUCUGAGAUCAAGAGAGUCUAUUUAAAUUGAUUCCCAUCCUGACCGGUGGGGCACAUCUAACUCAACUGUGAAAAGACACGUCACACAAUCACCUUGCUGCUGAUGAUUCGGCCUGGGGGCCCUGCCUUCUCCCCCCUGCCCUGCCAGCCCUGGGACAGCCCUCCAGCAGAGGCUUGCUAGAGUAGAGCAAAGAUUUCAGGUCACACCCUGGGGACUGCUGCUGGGUGUGGGGUGCUUUGCCUGCACCCUGGUUACUUUCUUAAGUCUUAAAUGACGCCCUUUCCAAGCCAUCGUCCUGCCCCACUCUCCUCCACUCCUGUCCUUGGCCGAAGCAUAGAUUGUAACCCUCCGCCCCCUUUGAAAUUGGCCUUCGCGAAGAAUUCAGGGCUUUCCCCCUCCCCCACCUUGAUCGAGGGGUGCUGCUUUUUUCCCUCCUCCUCAACUCCCUUGUCCACCUUCACCACCCGGCACUCUCCACCGCCCCCCUGGCUUGGCCAGAAGCCAUCAGGUCAGGUUGGAAAUCUCUGACCUCCUCCUCCACAUUUGGAACCACGUUUGACCACUUUCCACUGGCCCAGGAAAUGAGCUUUGGGUCCUGGGUCCUGCCACUCUGCUGUCACCCUCAGCCGACGCAUCUUUGGCCCAGGUCUUUGUAAGGUGGACAGGGCAGUCCCCAGGGUGACGUAGCCUGCUGGUCCCUCCGUUUAGACCUGCAGGAGGCCUCCUGGAGAAGCCUGUGAGCACACAGGGCCUCUGGACUGUUCCCUUUCCUGUAAUGACGUGGCUCUCAGACGUGCAGAAGGGUGAACAGGGCUCCCUGUGGGGCGCGCCUGCUAUCCCCGCAGGCCCAGGGUGGAAUCGGACAACUGGAACUAGAGGAACCUGGACCCAGCGCAGAUACUGGUUUUGGUGCCGCUGCCUCCCAGGUGCUCAGCAGGGACUGAGGAGGAGCUGGUGUGCACAGCAGCUCCCAGCGUUGGCGGAGCCUGGCCUCCCGGCACGUUGCUGCACCUCCCACUUUUCCUGUUCAGGACCACUGUGCUGAGACCCGAUGCAAACAAAUAAAGGCAAUUCAUGGUGUUCUGAAGGGUUUAUUUUUUUUUUCUUACUAUUUUGUGUAAAACCACCUUUUGAAGCAGCAACUAUCAAGUCUGAAAAGCAAUGGAUGUUCCCAUUAAUCUAUUUCUGGGGGAAAUCUUAGUUCUAAGGAUUUAACAUCCUGUAAGUAAAGUUUAACCUAACAGUAUUCCAUAAGCAGCCUUUUUCUUGUCAGACCAUUGCCUGAUUUUAAUAUAAUAAAAAGUGUGCAUUAAUAUUUCA